AUGUUUGCCGUUGAAAAGCCAUUAGCGAGGGCUGCCUCGCGGGCGCUGUCUCCUGCAGCCCAGCUCGCAACAUUCGCACGAGGAAGCCGCAACUUGGCCACAGCCGCCCCGCCACCGACCCAGCCAGGCCCAUCUCGCGCCGCGGCCUCUGCACGGGUCCAAGCCUUUCGGGAGAAGCUCGCUGCCGACGCCGACGAGGCCGAGAGGUCCAUCGAUGGCUUUGCGGCGGGCGACGACGCUCCUUCCUCGCGGGUGCGCAUGGGGAGGACAGGAGAGCCCCGUCUGCCAUCGUACCUCAAGACGUCCAUCCCCACGGGCGCCACCUUCAACAAGAUCAAAAAGGAUGUCCGCGCCCUGGGCCUUAGUACCGUGUGCGAGGAGGCCAGGUGUCCCAACAUCGGAGAGUGCUGGGGAGGGGAAGGAGGAAAGGACAAGGCGACUGCGACGAUCAUGCUCAUGGGCGAUACAUGCACACGAGGCUGCCGCUUCUGCUCCGUCAAGACAUCUCGUACUCCAGGGCCGCUGGACGUGCACGAGCCCGAGAACACGGCAGAAGCCAUCUCACGAUGGGGCCUCGGCUACAUUGUCCUGACGUCCGUCGACCGAGACGACCUCAUCGACGGAGGCUCUGCGCACAUUGCCUCGACCAUCUCUCGCAUCAAGAGCAAGUCGCCCCAGAUCCUCGUCGAGGCCCUCGUGCCUGACUUUUCGGGCCGCGCCGAGGACAUUGACAGGGUGGCCACGAGCGGCCUCGACGUCUUUGCGCACAACGUCGAGACCGUCGAGAGCCGCACGCCCUUCGUCCGCGACCGACGGGCAAAGUACCGGCAGAGUCUCGAGGUGUUGCGGCAGGCCAAGCGAGCGAAGCCGGGCCUCAUCACAAAGACGAGCAUCAUGCUCGGGUGCGGCGAAGAGGACGCCGAGGUGGAGCAGACGCUGAGGGAACUGCGCGAGGCAAACGUCGACGUCGUCACCUUUGGCCAAUAUAUGCGUCCGACGAAGCGGCACAUGAAGGUAUCCGAGUACGUGACGCCGGCCAAGUUUGAGCACUGGCAGCAGACGGCCGAAUCGCUGGGCUUCCUCUACGUCGCCAGUGGUCCCCUCGUCCGUUCCUCUUACAAGGCUGGAGAAUUCUUUAUCAAAAACGUCAUCGAACAACGGCAAGCUUCCAGCCCCUCUGCCAUCUCCUUUGCCAAAAAGGACCUGGCAAGGCCCACAUCUGUAAUUACCGAGUCAUGA